CCGGGCCCAGCUGGGGGAGGGGCGAGCCCAGGCGCGCAGGCGUACGACCCAGCAGCCCCGUCGCAGCGCAACUGCUCAGAUUGGAGCGGAGGGUGAGCGCCUAGACUUGGCCCGAACCCGGCUCCCCUCCCCCUGCCGCUCCAGGUGACCACGGUGGCGCCCUCCCCUGCACCUGGACAGGGGCCGCGUCGCCGAGGCCAUGCUCAGGGACAAAGGUCGGAGUGGCCGGGCUGGCGGAAUCCCUUUAAGUGACACGUAAGCCCCCUGCGGUUUCUCCAAGGGCCCAGGAGAGGGGGCACCAGGACAGGCUGCUGCGUCAGCGGGCUAGAGGCAGCAGGAGCCCUACCCCAGAGCCCCCAGAGACCUGCCACAUUCCCCUGAACCUGGAGUCCAAGGCUGUGGCGCUGUUCCAAGGCGGGAUUUUCGCGGGGUGCCAUAGCUCACGUCCUCCCCAGGCUUCCCCCUGCCCCGCCCUCAGCGCCAGCCGGCCGGCGGCACCAUGACCCUGAGCCUUUUGCGGGACUGGUGCCGGGGGGGUGGGGGGGGUGGGGUGGAUGUGGACAUGCACCGGGCCCUGCUGGUCACCGGCAUCCCGGAGGGCCUGGAGCGCGCGGCCAUCGAGGCUGUCCUGCAGCUGGCUUUCCUGCCCCUGGGCACCUUCAGGCUGUGCAACACUGGGGCCCCGAGGGACCACAAGGCCAAGGCCGCCCUGGUGGAGUUCGUGGAGGACAUAAACCACGCGGCCGUCCCCAGGGAGAUCCCAGGCAAGGACAGCGUCUGGAGGGUCCUGUGUCAGGACCCCGCGGAGGACCCAGGAGUCCUGAGGCAGAUGAGACGCCUCGUGCUGGAUGAGAGGCCCUCGCAGGCUGCAGGGCCCCGGGUCCCCGGGGACAGGCUCCCCUCUCCGGCCUCGGAGACCCGGGCCCAGGGCUCAGAGCCUGCGGCCAGGAGGGCUGGCCCACCUCCUAGGAGGGGCCGCCAGGCUCGCAGACACAGAGCCAGAGGCAACAGGUGGGCCCCAAAGGGCCAGAAGCUCAAAGGAGGGGGGCGGCCGCCCACGUGGGCCAGGCGGGAGUCGGACGCCUCUUCCGAGGGCAGCCUGGGCAUCAUGCUGGAGCAGCUGGACCAGGACGACCUGAGCGCCGACGAGGCGCAGGGCGCGCUGUCCGCCACGCUGCACCAGGCCGCCAAGGAGCUGGGCAAGAAGGAGUGGGCCCUGCAGAGCGGCGCGGCCGCGGGAGAGGGGCCCCGCGAGUUCUUGGCCCAGGUCACGCUGACGGACAAAGGCAAGCGGGAGCCCAUGGAAAAAGAGCCCCCGGGGCCCGAGGCCCGAGGCCUCGACGGCGGUGGGGGCGAAGCCUGGAGCAGCGUGCCCGACUUAGUGGCCCUGCUUGCUGUGCGAGACGCGGGGGACGAGGAGCCCGCCGACGGCGACGCUCCCGAAAGCGAGUCGCAGCCGAACGGGGAGCCGGGAGACGAGGGGCUGGACAUCCCCGAGUUUGUGGCCAUUGUGGCCUACACGGACCCGUCGGAUCCCUCGGGCCGCGAGGAGCUGCUCAAGAUCGCUUCGGUGGUCGAGUCCCUGGGCUGGAGCGCCACG